AUGGAGCUAAAUACAAAAGCUCAUUAUACUCUGAGAUGUGCUUUGUCCAACAAUGAGUAUAACAAGAUCUGUAGACUAAAGACAACCAAAGAGAUCUGGGACUCACUGAACAUCAAUUAUGAAGGGACAAAAGAUGUUCAAUUAAGAAAAAUUGUCACACUAACAAGGCAUUAUGAGAGCUUCCCCAUGAAAGAAGGAGAACAUGUGGAUGAUAUGUUUAGAAGACUUCAAGUGCUUCUAAAUGAUCUUGAAGCUCUAAGGCACACCUUCACCAAAGCUCGGAUAAAUCUGAAGAUCCUAGAUAGCUUUCCCAAGGCCUUCAAGCAUCGAUUCAACCCUGAACUCAAGAAAAACCUUAUUCCCUUUGGUAUGUUGUUCACUCAGAUUAUAAGGAAUGUUGGAGUUAAUGUGUUUGGGAUAGCACCGUCUGCUGGAGCCUUUUAG